AUGCCGAAUUAUGUCACAAUCGAAAGUCAAAUCAACGCAGUGGACAAUCUCAAUGAUCCAGUGCCAAGCUGGAACCGGCCAGCCACGAUUUUGGGCACCACGCUCGCUUUCAGUGCCAUAACGUCGAUCUGCGUCUCCUUCAGAUUACACACGAGAUUCUUCGUUCUUCGAGUGCCAGGAUGGGACGACUAUAUGAUGGGGGCAGCGAUGUUGGUAGGAGUUAUUGGAGUUGUUUGCAUGUGUCUAGCGCCAUAUCUCGGAGGCCUGGGUGAACAUUUUGUCGAAUUGUCGGCCGAAAAACGAAAAACAUAUUUCUUCCUCUUUUACCUGGCAGAUGGCAGUUUCGUCACUUCGGUUGGAAUGAUUAAAAGCUCCUUAUUAUUACAAUAUCUCCGGGUAUUCAAACGACAUACCGUCCACCGAGAUGCCUGCCUGGUUGUAUUGAUCGCCGUCGCAAUCUGGGGUUCUGUCACGACAUUCAUGGCUUGGUUCCCAUGCUUUCCGAUUAGAGGGUACUGGGAUUGGAGUAUAAAGGACAGAAAAUGCUAUGGGUACGGGUCGCUCUAUGUUUCCGACCAUUACGCAACUUUCCUCGCACAUUCGAUCGCCAACAUGCUCCUGGACAUUAUUAUUCUACUCCUCCCGACACCACUUCUUUGGGAUUCGGACACAUUGAAGCGAACGAAGCUUGGUAUCGCCGGUUUGCUAACGCUAGGGCUCAUUGCGAACAUUCUUGCAGUACUUCGCCUAGCCGAAACAGUCAAACACAAGGCCAUGUCGCACCCGACCUUCGACCACUCUUGGUACGCACCGCCUCUCUGUCUACUUGGUAUGCUCGAGGUCAACGUUGCAUGCAUAGGCGCUUCCAUCCCCGUCUUCUGGCCCGUCAUUAGGAGCACAAUGAACGCCAUUUUUGUCACCCGCGAGAUUGAUGUGCAGGUUGCAUCUCGCAGCAUGCACCUGGAGCGUUCCGAAAGUCUUUACAGCCACGACAAGAGCGAUGGGGAGCGGAGGUUGUGGAAUAACUCUCGCGGGGAAUCGAGCCAUAAUGAACACUAUAAAGACACAUACAUUAUGGAUCAUGUUGACCCCCUGCGGAAGAAGAAAUCCGGGGCGGUUGAUUCCGUCAUCACAGCAGAUCGAAACAAAUACUAA